CUGAUCUCGUCGUCUCCCCGGAUUGGGUGCCCACGAGCACGGUUCGCCCUCGACCACGAACACGAUUCAGCCCGGUGCGCGCUCGCAGCACCCAACACACGAUCGCCCAGCAUGCUCUCGCUGUAUACGCUGACGUUCUAUUCGAGCAUCCUCCUGCUGCUCGCCGUGGCAGUGUACCUGGCCCGGUAUCGCCUCUUCCACCUCCUGCCGGCGUCGCUCCAGGACCGCCUCUCGCCCUCGCUGCCCACAUCGUCGACUUCGUCGUCGUCUCGCGUGCCCCGAAGCCUGUAUGCGCGCCUGCCCACGUACGACUGGGCCUCGUCGCGCCUCGCAGGCCUGCACUCGACGCUGUUUGACAUUGAGGAAAACAUGCGCGACUCGGCAGAGACGCGCUCGGGCCUCGAGCAAGCGGGCGCCGACGAGGUGAAGCGCGUCAUGCAGCAGCAGGGUGUGGACUUUGACACGGCCAGGCUCAUUGUCAACCAGCGGCGCUUCCAGAGCAACAACAUCGAUCCCAGGACGGGCAUGCCGUUGGACAGCAAGGCCGUCACGUUUGAGAAUCUCCGGUAGCUGGCGCUUCUUUUCGAUACCAUUUUGCUAUAAUAUCAUUACCACAAUGGCGUGCAC